AUGUUUUUCGAGUCGUCUAGUACUGCAGAAGAUCUCAAACAAAUUUGGAGGAAUAAAAUUCACGAUGUUGAGUCAUUGCUACUUGAGGCUGACAUUUCUUUUAGUGAUAUGGAAGGCAUUGACAAAUAUAAAAAAAAGUUAAAAACUGAGAUGAAAUUUUUGACUGCUUUAAAAGACCUACCGAUCAGUAAGUUGAAGAAGUAUUUGGAAACUAGCAAUAUAACGCAUCUUCAAGGCUUGCUCAAUGUAGCGAAGAAGCAUUCUUGUUGUGCCUUUUAUAAAAGUUUCGCAGUACCGCAGAGGAAAUUAAAGCGAGAAGUUGAUUUGGUAGUGGAUGGAGGUGCUAAAUGGGUAAAAGUGGUAUCUAGAAAUGUUCGAGGUCUUGCUAUGGAUUUUAUUGGUGCCGGUGGAAGUGCUAAUCGAUCUGUCAUGGAGCAGGCACAAGAUUACAUUGAGAUGGCUCAGAUUCAUCCUUAUUUCUUCAAAAUACCAAAAAUAAUAUUUGAAUUUGUGCGUGGCGUUCCAGAUUUGUUGCAGCAUAAACUUGAAUCAUUUGGGAUUGAAGUUAUUGGAGAUACGAUGGAUAUUAAUGCAUUCGUGAAACUACCAACUGAUUUUUCUGCAUAUGAUAGUGAUGAUAUUUACGACUGUCCAUCAUCUUUCCCGGAAGACAAAUGCUUAAAUGUAAACGACUGCAUUGUACAUACCGUAAAUCUUGAUAUUAGUACUGUAUUUGCUCUUAUUUCGUCGUUAACACAUAAAAAUGGUGCUAAUUAUAAUUAUGCCAGUCGGCUAUUAAAUGCUCAAGCUGCUUUGGAAAGGAAGAAACCUGCCUUGCCUCCACUACUGAAAGCUAUUAAAGGUGCAAAGCUGAUAAUUUGCAGAACAGCAUACGAUGCUGUGCAAUCAAUUUUAAGCACAGUGGCAGGACCGAAGGAGACAAUGCGUGCUAAAAAGUUAUUCGGGAAAGUUGAAAUAGUAGAAGACAAGCUGUCAGAACGAGCGGCCAAAUUAAAAUUGAGUGAUAGAAUCAGUCAAAGAUCUAAGAUAAUAUUUGGUUCUGGUGAUUAUUACAAAGCAGUUACAGUUACAGCCAAUCGUCACUUUGUUUAUGCAGCUGCUCAUCAGGGUAUUCAUUUCGCUGUUUUUGUGCAUGAAUCAAGGGCGUUAAGUGAGCAGAAGCGACUAGAUUUACGAAACUAA